AUGAUCCAUGCUCAGCCUGACUCACCAAUUUUGGAUUUCGCUCAGAUUAAUAACCCAAUUGAUUCCGCUUGGGUCUCGGGGCCAUCAAUUCCAACUCCAUGGUUUGAAGUCUUCUGGAAGACUCAUAAUGAGGGGUUUCCCAACAAUCACUUGGGAUUAUACACUCUUCUUGAUCUAUCCAACAAUCAAUUGCCAGGUGAAAUCCCAAAUAGUUUGGGAAACUUGAGAAGCCUCAAAGUGCUCAAUCUGUCCCACAACAGCCUAUUUGGUCCAAUCCCAACUAGUUUCGGAAACAUUAAGGAAUUGGAGAGCUUGGAUUUAUCUCACAACAACUUAUCUGGAGACAUUCCGGAAUCUAUUGGGACAUUGCUGCAAAUCAGUAAUCUGCAAUUAAGCGACAACAAUCUCUCCGGGCGGAUCCCGACCGGUUCCCAAAUGGACAGGAUUGUUAGAGAUAGAUUAGGAAUAAUCUUAUAUUUCCUUGAUAAUCUUAUAUUUCCUUGUCCUUAUAGUAUAGUUCUUAGUAUUACCGUGUCCUUUUAG